AUGACCGAGUCUGUGCCCCGGGAUACGCCCGAGGAUUCCCAAGACGACCGGAAGUACGAUCAAGAGUCUGCGUCUAAGUCCGGGACCAACGCGACAGCCAAAGAUCGCAAGUGCCAGUAUUGUGGACAGGCAUUCACCUCCUCUUCACUGGGUCGGCAUCUCGACCAAUUCCUCUUUAAGAAGAAGCCGGAUGGCGUUCAUGAUGUGGAAGAAAUCCGGCGCAUUCGAAGCGGAAUCACUCGUCGACAGGCUCGAACCAGUUCCGGCAAACACGAUGGCACGCCCGAGCGAACAGCUAAACGAGGCCAUGAUGGAACUCAGAUCCCUGGAGAAGCGGCCUCCAAGCCGCGCGAUUCCGCCGUGCGCAUGAUGUUCAAUACUCCCACGUGGCAUGCGACAGGCGUCAUCAAUGAUAUUCCUGAUCCGAGUCGCCCGACAGAUGGAAAUCGCAUGGCAUCUUCUCAGUCGCGGGCGGCCCCGUCACACUUGCCAGAAUUUGCGACUCGAGGUGCGACCGCGAAUAACCCGGAUACUACGAAAGCGCUUGAGCUGGCUUUGCGCGAGGUGCUGGAUAACAUCAAGGCGGCAACUGCCCGACACCGUCCACGCCUGUCGCCAUUCGACUUUGACAUUCAAUCGCAGACGUUCCCUUCCCUUUGUCUCCAGCUUCUGCCGCCUCCACCGAGCCUCUUUGCGGCGAAUCCCUUUUCCUCGCCCACAUCUUUUCCCAUUCAACCACCCGGUAUUGAAUACUUGGACAUCGUCCGCCAAGCAAUCCGCUCCAAGAUCGUUCAAUGGCGCUCAGAACAACUCUCCAAGGACACCGGUGCCUACCCGGGUGCCUAUGGUGGUGCACUCGACAGUGCAACCAUUAGCCGAACGGGACAUCAGCACGAGGAGCUCAGUAUUCAGCACUUGGAGUUGGCCUUCAACCAUUGGAAUAAGCUCUCGCAUGAGACCCGUCGCGAGGCCUGGCAGCUGGAGAUCACACGCGCCUUCGCCCGCGAGGUAGAGACGCGCAAAUCUCUCGAAGACCAACUCGCCCGGGUCCAGCAGGAGGCCAACCAGCUCCGAGCCCAGGUAGAAAGACUUGGCUCGUGUCAAUGGCCCCGUGAAUUCGCUCUCUUCCCACCCGACCGGCUCCCCAUCCCUCGCGACGUGGCUCGCGAAUUGGACGCGCAGGGCAGUGUGAUCGGGCCGGACUCAUCGCGCUGGGAUUUCGACCACGUAGUAUCCAAAUGGAAACGGGUCGUCAUGCACGACAAAACCGUCGGCCGGAGCGGAGUCAGCCAAAGUCCCAGUCUUCUGCGAGAGUCGGACAAUACCCAUCAUGAUUUUCGCCCAUCCCGAGCAAGUGAGGACCAGUCCUCUCCGCAUCCUAAUCGACUGCGACCUCUCCAGCCAAAUAACAACGGGGUGAGUCCCGAUCCUGCCAAUGCCGGCACUCCAGCCUCAUCGACCAACUACGCUUCGCCCUAUUCGCAUCAUGAUCCUCGCAGCCCGCCUGUGGGCGGUGGCGCAGGGCCCCAAGUCAAGCGUCAACGACUCACAAAUGGAUCGGAUGGUCUCGGCCUCGGAGACCCGUCCACAAUUCAGACUUCGGGUCCUGGUACUUGGCCCUCGUCCACCCCGAUGCUGUCGAACUUGGCCGCGCCGUCGGGACAGACACUGCCUUCUGCACCGCGUGGCUGA